UUUGCCGCCAAAUACUGAGAUGGUAUGCUGUUGUUUUUAAAUUUAAAACUGAAAAAAGAAGUAAAAAAUGCAAAGAAACAUGAACGAAUGUUCAAAAUGUUGACAGUAAACGAGAAAAUGUUCACGUUUCACCCUGACACAGCGUUGCCUCGAUCAAUUUCCGCGUCUUGAACAGAUUAUUUGUGCAACUAAGUAUGGCAGCCGUAGUUUGAACGUUGAAUCGAGUGUGGAGGUUGUUUUUAUUUUUGACAUUGUCGUACAAUUUGAUAUUAAAAAAAAAAAAAAAUGUGUGACAGUGUAUUAGUAAAUUCAAAUGGCGAACAUUCUUUCUUAGGCGAUGAAUGGUUAUCAAAAUCACCAUCUUAACAACAAAAAAGACUCAUGAAAUGUGGAAUAUUAUGUUCUGUGAGCUGUCUUGUACAUAGUACUCCCGCUGUUUCUUGUGAAGUCAUGGAACCUUCAGGAGAUUCAGAGUUAGAACCACUUCCCGAAAUCGGUGAAUUAAUACUGAAAACGAAUGCGGACGUCGAACCCUUUGUAGAAACAACUUCGUCGGAUUUGCCUUCUAUUUCGGAGCUUAUUGAGGAGUUCAAGUGCAAGCCUUGCGUUGUGGUCUUGCACAGAUUGAAUCCUGAUGAAAUUGAAUUACAUACUAAAAGAGUGCUCUCAUCUCAUGCAGAUGGCUUGGAGUUGGACCUCUUGAGCACAUCUUGCAGACUUGAAAAAAAAACAAUCCAGAAACAAAAACUGUUUGAAAAAUAUAAAUUGUCCAGACAAAAUUUCAGAAAACGUAAAAGAUCACAAGCACAUAAACAUGGAUCAGACGAGUUCUUUUCCGAAGCAGAGUUUGAGGAACAGAAUUCAAGGCAUUUGAAAAAAAGAAAAGGACGAAAUCGGAAGCGUCUUACUUAUGAAGACGAUGUGGAGUGGUCACCAGACAGCUCAAAACAUAUGUAUGCUCCCAGUUACAAGACAAAAGUCAACAAAGCUACAAAGAUGUUACGGCAGAAUGCUCGAAGGAAAAUUAUUGAUAGUGCUUCCAGUGAUAGUGAGGAUGGAUACUAUUGGGAAAAAUUUGGUCACAACCAGGAAGAAAGUAAAAUGAACAAAACGGUUAGCAAUUUUCCUGUUGAAAGAGCUAAUCCAGUAUCCGACAAGUUGGGGGGAACAGAAAGCAAUCCAGGAAAGUAUGAUGUGCUGUCGCAAAUAAUGCAAGAUAUGGAUAACCAGCACAAUGGGAUGGCGAAGAGGAAAUUUAAUGAGCAUAAAAAAAUAAAUUCAUUCACAAAAUGUAAUCUCAGUCCAGAGAAAAGACAAAAGCGUAAAAGAAAAAUCAGUGUCAUGGGUGGCAAAUUUGUGCGUUCCAAUUCAAAUUCCAACACUGUGUCUAGUAUAGUGGAGGACAUUGUUAGUCUAGUGUGUUCUGCUGCAGAUACAAGUGGAAAAAAGACAGUUUCUAACAUUACCAUGAAAAUUUGUCGUUCUUGUGGCACACCAUUUUCAAAUUCUCAGGCUAAUGAGCAAUUGUGUAUCAUUUGCAAAGAUUUCACAAAACGUAAUAGCUUUUCUAAGAGGGUAAAAGGAGUAAAAACUAAUCACCAGAAACUAAAUAAAGGUUUCCCGAAAUCGCCGAAAAGUAAAAGUAAAGUGAAAAACAGGUUACUUAAAGUUGUUCCUAAAUGUGAUAUGCAAAGACUGCUCUAUGGCGAUAAAACUGAUAAGUUAUCUUUGGAAAAAGGGUAUAACCAUUGCAAAACCAUUACUUUAUCUACACAAAAUAAUGAAAAAAUAUUAGAUAUUUCAAUCAAGUCUUCUGAUCAGUCUCAGAGUUCAGACACAGUUUUAAAAAGAGGUAAAGGUCCGGGGUCAAAGAAAAAUGCAGCAAAAGGUAAAAAACUUCAAAUGAACCAGAAAAAUAAUCAAGUUACUAACAAGAAAACCAAAUGUACUUUAAAGGAAGUUAAAGCUAACCCAGGAAAAUUUUCUAGUGUUGUAAAUUCUGAUUCAAAGUCGGAAGCAAACCUGUCACAAAACCAUGUUUCAUUGACUAAUGUUGGCAAAGGUUUGUUUUUGAUGACUUUUCCCGAACCUGAUAAAGAGCUUAAAAUGGAGGGAAACCUCUCAAAAUUAUCAUCUAAAAAAGAAAACAAAGUACUGUCAAAAAUGACUGUUACUGAGAGUAAAUCAUCUAAUGCAUCUGCAGUGGACAUAGCUGGAAAAAACACUUCAGGCUCUGGAAAAAAUGAUAAUCUUGAAAUACCCCCACUGCCAACUGUGGUGGUUGCAAAUUAUGCUGGUGAUGAUGCAGGAGAAUUUAGCUUAUCAAGCAUCUUCUAUCAGAAUGAUUCAACCGCACCUACAAGACCACAGUUAAUUCCUAAACCUGUUCAAUCACAAUUAAUUCCUAAACCUGUUCAACCACAAUUAAUUCCAAAACCUGUUCAGUUAAAUGUUGUGGUUAAUAGGCCCCAACUGUCCAUCACGCCUGUAUUGACAAGGAAUUCAUCACCUUUAACCACUUCAAUUCUUCCCAAUCUUCUGACAACCUCAAGCUAUAUGCCUACUUCAGUCAGACCAACAAGUGUUUUAAUUCAUCAACCUGCGACUAAUAUUACUUUGAGUGCUCCGUCUGGGCCAUUGAUCAUUAAUCAAGGAAAUACCUUGUGCAGAGUAACAAAUACAAACACUUGUUUGUCCAACAUGUUAACCUCAAACAUUCGCAUGCAAAAUAAUUUGCCUGGCCAAAUAACACUAGUUAGCAAUCCGUAUCCUGAUUUUUCAACAGCUGUAAGUGGAUCAUUGAGUUCCAACAAUGAAUCGCAAUUGAAAAUUACAAGUGUGGGAACGGUAAGAACUUCUUACGAAAUACAGAAUAACCGUUUAAACCCAUCAGAAAUGUAUUUAAGUGCUGAAACUGGUGAAUUCUUGCCUAAAAAUAACACUGCUCUUUCUGGCACUAGUCAUUUGUGUAAUGAAAUUACUGCACAAAACAAAUCUAACACCACCUUGGAAAAUGCAUCUCCAAAAGGAGAGACCGAUUUGAAAUUAAAUCAGAAAGAGUCUAAUACCAGUGUCAAAAGACAAACUGGUACAGCAAAUGCAUCUGAAACCAGUGAAAGUACCCCUAAAUAUUCACCAUUUAGUGCUGUCUAUGAAGAAAUAGAAGCAAUAGGUGUUUUAGCUGUUUUAGAUCUUGAAAGUAACCCUCGUCAUUUUCUUAAUAUGCGUUUAGAGCUAGCUAAAAUUGCGUUGCAAAAUGCAAGAAGCAGUUCUAGUGACAAAAUUUCUAAUUGUGAGUUCCAAUGUCGCAUUUUGGAAAUUGCUCAAAAAUGGUUGCGGCAGUAUGGGUCAUUUCAAAGAGUAUCUGAUCAUCUCUUGGGGAAAGAUAAUCUAAUUAAAAUUAAAAAAGAAAUACUCGAAGAAGAGGAAGAAGAAGAACAAGAAGAUGGCCGCUCUUCCUGUGCUUUUUCCAAAAGUCCAGCAUCUUUUUCCUCAUCCACAGACAACUCUUUGCAUACUGUACCACAAAACUCUUACAGUAAUCCGUCACCUGCAGCUGGUCCUCUUGAGAGACUCGAGACUCAGAUAGCCUCAAUAAAUCAUCCUGUGCUCCCAGACUUUGAGCCCAGCUCUAUCAUGCAUCAUUACCCUUCUGCUAGUCUUGGUGGUGCUGCUGCUGCCUCUGCUCCAAUGACUCCCAGAAAUGAUUUUGAUUCUCGAAUGACCCCAUCUAGAGGUAGCAGUGGCCCUCGAACUCCAGCAAGGCCUGAAAGUGCCACUUUGCAGGUGGAAGAACUCACUGCAGCUCAGAUCAAGCAGGAAAAAUUUGAAAAUGCUAUUUCACCUUCUUCCCGGUGUGCCUUCUCCCAAAGUACCACUCCUAUUUCUAGUCAAACUAUCACUACCCAGAUUGCAAACCCUUUGAAUGCCAUUGCUUCUGUAGCAAACAUGCCGAUUAUCAGCAGCAGUAUUGUUGCUCAGCAGCUGAACCAGCAAUCGAUGCAUCAAUACCGUGCCAGGGAAAUUCCUCCAAAUAGGACAGCCCCUUUUGACACCAGCCAGAAUCUGGCCCGUGCCCUUCUCACCAUGAAUCCCAGGCCUCCAAGUGGCAAUGUGCUCAAUGUUCAGCAAGUCUAUCUCCCGGGAAACGCUGGAUAUCUGCGAGCUCCCGCCCCAGUGCCUUCCACAUUGAGUUCUAAUAACUUUGUGUUGAGACAGAAUGCCUCUGUGAAUGUUACAAGUGGACAAAUUGUGGUGAACAAUAAUGCACAGAUGAGCUCUCAAGCAUUGUAUCCAGUGCUGAGCAGCGCAGCAAACCAGCAGGUGUACAACACAAACCAGCAGACGUACAACUCAAAUCAGCAAGUCUAUUACACUCCUCAGGUGUCUACCAGUCUGGUCCCUUCGCCAUCCUCCUAUGUUGUGCAAAACAAGCCUCUGUCCGUAGAUGUCGAUCAGAUGUUCUGUGCUGUUUGCAACAAAGUAGCGACACUUCGAUGCAAGCAGUGUGCUAAGGUUGCCUACUGCAACACGGCUUGUGCAAAAAUCUACUGGCACAAGAAGCACAAGAUGGAGUGUCGGUCUACUGCCAGUGAGUUAUGAAACCUGCUGACGGCCGGACAACAUUGAGUUUGAAAUCUGGCACACACUGAGGACUGGCUACCUCAAAAAAGGAGAGAUUGCAGACUUUUCUUUGAACUGUUAUCACAUCUAAAUGUCAUUGUUUUAUCUUGCUUGCUUCUGUAACACAGUGGGGCCACCACAUAACGCCGGGAAGAUUUUUGUGCUGAGCAUUUAGCUUUCAACACCUACAGUUUAUUUAUUGAAUUGUCUUUUGUGUAUGGAAUAGAUUGCGAUGAAGUAAUUUAGCACACAAUCUUCUUUCAAAGAAUGCAAUGAAAGAAACCUGCCUCAUUUCGUAAAAAUAUUAUCUUAUAUUGCUAUUCUUAUUUGUUUUUACUACUUCAAAAAUGUUUUUCAUGCUUAUUUUUACUUCAAAUGCAGUGUUACGAGGGACGUUAAGUCUUUUAGAAAAAGGUAUUGAAAAGAUUUUAUUUUCUUAAUCAUUGUUUUCUUUUUUCCAAUCUCUUUUUGCCUUCCUGCAUGUUUUCCAAACUGUUCCCAAAUGCUGUCAUUGUGCCAAAAAGAGAGAGAGAAAAAAAUCAUGCCUAAUUUUUUUUGUAAAAUUACAAACACUACCUUGUGGUACCUCAACUAUUUCACACAUUUUAAUUCAUCUAUCAGUUGAAACCAUAUUGUGGAUACCAUCAAUCAUGUUGAAGUUGAACACUUCUGAGAUAGUCACUUCCUUACUACUAAAUCCUGAAAGCUGUUCAGCUUUUGUGGAUGAACAGCCACAUAUUAACUCAUUUUUGCUCUACCGUAAGCAGUCGCAGAUACAGGAGA